GGGCCGCAGGAUGCAGGUCGGCCAGGAGCUGCUGGAGUACCUGGGCGACCCGGCGAGGUCCUCCGACCUGGAGCAGGACCAGCAGCGCCUGGACAAAGUGAUCGAUGAAUUAACAGGAUGGGUCAACUCCAGCAAUUUUAAGGUAGCAUUACUGGGAUUAGAUGUUUUAGGUGCCUUUGUCGACAGACUAUCAGGACGCUUUAAAUCCUAUAUAGGAACUGUUCUCCUGCCUUUGAUAGAUCGUAUGGGAGAUGCCAAAGACCAAGUUCGAGAGCAAGCACAGAAUCUUAUAUUGAAACUGAUGGACCAAACAGCACCGCCCAUGUACAUUUGGGAACGCCUUGCUGUUGGUUUUAAACACAAGAAUUACCGAUGCCGAGAAGGAGUGUGUUUGUGUCUUAUUGCUACCUUAAACAUUUACGGUGCACAGCCAUUAAUCCUCAGCAAGUUGGUACCACAUCUGUGUACAGCGUUUGGUGACUCGAAUAGUCAGGUGAGAGAUGCUGCCGUACUAGCCAUUGUAGAGGUUUAUAGACAUGUGGGAGAGAAAGUACGAAUAGAUCUUACAAAGAGAGGAAUUCCUCCUGGAAGGGUAUCAAAGUAUCUUAAGAGAAUCAUGUUGAAUGUAUUGUUUCUCAUUCCAGGCAGAGUUCAGCCUAUCCGGACAAAAGAUUACCCUGCCUAUGGGAAUGGGAAGUUGUACACGUUCUAUUUAAUGGCUCUCACAAUUUUAGACUAUGAAGAGAUU